AUGGUGGGAUUAGCGGCACCUGUUCUGAUCGGCCUUCUGCUCUUCGCGUCAGGAGCCACCGCCGCCGGUGACGACGAGCUUCCACAUCUUCAGGUCCCAGGCACCGCCGAGUCGGGCCUUGGCCACGGGUCCGACGCGCCGCUACCGCCGCUGCAUCCGCAGGGGCAGCUCAUGGACAUCAUGUCCACGGGUGGCUGCGUAAGGUUCGCGGCCCUAGUCGCCGCGACACCGAACGUCAGCGACGUCUUCCAGCAGCGCCUCGUACCGGGCGGCGGAGGGCUCACCCUCUUCUGCCCCGACGACAAGGCCGUCGACUCCUUCGAGCCGACGUUCCGAGCCCUCGCCCAGAGCGACCGGCUGGACGUCCUCCUGCACCACGCCACGGUGGGGCGCUACGUCCGGGCGCAGCUGGCGGCCUUCGACUGGGUGGCGGUGCGCACGCUGGCGGCCAACAGGAGCCAGAGCAUCACCCUCCGCGACGACGGCAAAACGGUGUGGCUGUGGAGGUCGUGGCAAGGCGGCGCGGCCAAGGUGAUCAAGACGGUUGCGGAGGAGGAGGCCCCCCUCGCCCUCGCCGUGUACCUCGUCGACGCCGUGCUGCUGCCGGGCCAUCUGCGACAGAAGCUGGAUGGAGGGUACUUUGCCUGGCUGCACAUGCUCAUCCCGGUCUGGGUGGGGCUGUGCUGGGCCCUAGCGGCCAUGGUGGGCGUCAUCAUCGGCUUUCUGCUCAUGCUCGGAGCAAUGUCAAGGUGGAUGUAG